CUUCUGUAUUGUCAUAUUUGCAUUUCCACUGUGUAAUGUUAUUAUAAGUUCAACAUACUUAGAACUGUAUAACGCCGUGAUCGUUCACCUAGCUUGUAUUUAAACCUUGUUUUUAAUCAUUUAGAAAUGUAUAACAACUGUUGUUUUUGUAAAGAAUAAAUAAUUAACGGGUGUUAACAAUAGCCUGUAGAAUAAUGUUGUAUUAGCUACUGGGGUAAUAAACAACAAUUGCAUAACAUAUUAACACGUAUUCUUAUUUAAAGGCGAUUUGCGAUUAGGGUAAAAUGCAUCCUCUGACCUGCAGAAAAAAAAAUAGAGACCGGUGGAUUUCUUUCCCUUGUGAAUCUUUCUUCUUCAAAAAUCUGUGGCACUAAACACUAAGACCCAUCUGUUCGUGUUUAGUCAACACUUAACAGGCAGCAUGUAUUGUUUUCGUUGGGAUUAUCUACAUUUGAUUUCGUGCUGAAGCAGACCGCUUCCCUACCACAUAAACGUAUGCAGUGGCGCAAUGGCUACAUGUACAGUGUAUUCUGCGAUAGCUCACCUGUAUUUUGACCAUGCAUACAAUUUCAGCUGCUGGUUAGCUGGUGACCAGUUGAGACUUGGGAGUUGUAAACACAUUGUUUACUAGUCUCUUGAUAUCCAGCAGGUAUGGAAAAUCAUAGACAAGAUUAACAGCAAACAGAUAGAUUUAAGAGUGUAGACAGCAAACAGUUAACUUUAGAACUUUACAGUAAAUUGAUUUUUAUGGACCUUUUUUUCUUGGACCAUCUUAAACAGCUCCUUAGCCUGUACCAAGCCUUCUGGACCAAGGAAGCCAGCUGAAAAUGAGCAAAUCACUGGAAUCCCGUAUACUUUGAGCAUGUGAAUGUUUUACUCCUCGUUAAUUUUGAAUUAUUAAUAUUAAUUACAUGGGGUUUCUUGCAAGCGAUUUUGGAAUAUUAUGAAAGGAUUUUUUUUUUACCCUUUUGUGAUUAAAAAAAAUUAAAAUGUCUCGAUAUUAGUAGGCCAAUAUCAACUAAAUUGUUGUCAACUAAAUUCUGAGAUGAAAAAAUGAAAUACAUUGUAACAACUAGCUCCAUGAUAAACAGGACAGCAGGGGUAAUAUACAAACAGCAUUAUUAGACUGCUUAGUUAUUUAUUUUUUAAUUUGCGUGAGCAAUCGUUUAAGUGUUGCUUUCUUUGUGAUGUCACCACUGGCAGUCGUGCUGUAAUUGCCUUGGUUGAAGUGAUGGCGUCAUUGCGUCCCCUGGUGUAGCCUUCGUGCUGAGAAGAAGGGAGACGGAAUACAUACCGAGGCGAGCGUUGCUGCCGUAGCCGGGAUUGAGCUUUGCCAAGCCGGACACCUCACCCCAGAAAACAUGGAGGCGGCGGCGGCGGAGGAGCUGCGGGCCGGCUACCGGAUCCCAGUGUACAUCGAUCAGAUUAUCAACGACACACUAGUGGUGACCCUCAGCCACGGAGACCACAGCUAUACUGGAAUAUUGCUGAACUCUAUCAAAAAGACUGGGUUGUUUUGUCUUCCAGACAUGUUAUCAAAUCAAGAUGAGCCUCCAGUACCAAGCAGCAGCAACAAUAAUACCGUUUCCCAUGACAUGUGUUUCCAGCCACCCAUUAAGACUGAGCCACAGCCAUGUAAUAAACAUACUCCCAAACCUACAGACAACCGGCCCAUUUCUACUCCUGUUACUUUGCCUGGAGCACUGUCUCAGUACCCUCCAUAUUUUGAAGGGGCUCCCUUUCCACAGCCCCUGUGGGUAAGACAGACAUAUAACCAGUGGGUCCCACAACCUCCUCCAAGGAUAAUCAAAAGAACCAAACGACGAAACCGUGAUUCUGGCAGAAUGACUAUGAGCACUAUUAGAUUGCGGCCCAGGCAGGUUCUCUGUGAAAAGUGCAAGAACACUUUAAACAGCGACGAGGACAACAAAGAUGGAGACAAUUCCAAAGCUGCUAAAAAGGAGAACACCGAUGUCAAAGAAUCAAAGAAACGGGAGGAGAUGGACAAUGACAGCAAAAAGUGUAAAAAGGAGAAGAAAGAGGAAGACGGGUUUCCAGUUGAACUUGUUCCCCAUAGUCCAGUUAUCAAGAUAUCUUAUAGCACUCCACAGGGCAAAGGAGAAGUGAUCAAAAUACCUUCAAGGGUCCAUGGCUCAGUUAAGCCAUUCUGCCCCAAACAACAGUUAAUGCAGAACGGAGGGGGCCUUGAGAGGGACGAAGAAUGUCAAGAAAACAAAAGUCUUCCAGACAAACCAGCAAGUGGCCCAGCUGUGUCAAUUCCAAAACUGAAACUAACCAGGCCUUUGCAUUUCAGUGCAGAUGUCCCACCUCCAAAGAUAAGGCUUAAGCCCCGAAAUAGUGGUGGGAACAGCGUUUCUAUAUAUCAGGCUGAAUUUGUUGACAAUCCACAGAGACAAAUUAAGACCAGAUCACGGUCGGUUAAUGCUGAUAUUCAUUCAGAAGACUCUACUGAAAGGAGCUCCCUCGAAAUGUCCUCGGGAAGCUCUGGAGAAGAGGACGGAUUUAAUAAGCAACACGAUGACGUAGAACAACAUGGCGAUUUAACUCUGCUGCUCAAUUUUCGUAAGAGGAAAGCAGACUCGUCCAGUUUGUCAGUCUGUAGCAACGAUAGUCUGGAUGAAUCCAAAUCUUCCAGCUCAGACGGGGCAUCUCCGGAACUCUGUGACUUUGCCCCCGGAGAGGACCUCUCCGUGUCCUCCUCAUCAAAAGAUGAGCAAAAGACUGUGCCGCCCCUAACGGUUCGAUUACACACCAAGAGUGUCACAAAGUGUGUCACAGAAGAAGGUCGGACUGUUUCAGUAGGAGAUAUAGUGUGGGGUAAAAUUCAUGGCUUCCCUUGGUGGCCUGCCCGUGUUCUUAGCAUUAGCACCAGCAAAAAGGAAGAUGGCGAACCACUGUGGCAAGAAGCAAAGGUCUCCUGGUUUGGUUCCCCCACAACAUCCUUGCUCUCUGUGUCAAAACUUUCGCCAUUCUUAGAGUUUUUCCGUUUGAGGUUUAACCGAAAGAAGAAAGGAAUGUAUAGGAGGGCUAUUGCCGAAGCUGCCAAGGCAGCUGAACAUUUGACACCAGAAAUAACAUCUCUCCUCACACAUUGUGAAACGUAGUGACUUGAUGCUCCAAACAUCAAUUAAUAUACUGUGUGGUACAGUAAUAUUAAUUCUACGCUGUAUACAUUGACCGAUGGUGUGCAAUGAAAGGAAGUUAAGCCAGUCAGCAAAGAAUAAAAUGAAAACAAAAAAUACAUAUAAAAUACAAUAGGUGUAGUCCACUCCCAAUAAUUUGCAUGCUUUUACAGUCUGAGUGGCAAAAUUUUACUUGAGAGAGAUGAUCACUGAUUAAUGUUCGCAAUUCUAGUAUGGGCUUUGUGAAUCUAUAUUAUCUUCAGUGCCUCAGUGAUUCUGAAAUGCGAUACUGUAUUUGUGUGGUAACCAAGGGAUAGAAAGGGAAGGGAAGUACAGUAAUGCUUCUUGCAAAACAUAUUUACCAUAAGGUCCAGGUCUUCUUCCUAAAGUGUCAGCUUUGCUGUUAAUAAGUAAACCUGAAGUCAACAGUUCUUUUUUUUUGUUUUGUUUUUUCGUAGAAGUCACAAAAGUGAUUACUGUAACGCAAGAUGUAACUGUGAAGCCUGGUGGGAGUUUAGAAGCGUUCUGUGUGUGAUAAGUAGCUUUUUAAAAGAAAGAUUCAGACAGGAAGUGCAUUGCAAUAGCCUUUUAUUUUGAACUAACACCCAUGUGAUUGUUUGUGCUUUUGUCAGCGUCAUUGUGAUUUGUCGUCACGGCAUGCAGUUUCCAUAAAGUCAUUUAACACCUUUUAAGUUCUUCUUUCCUUACUUGAAGUCUUAAAUGUCUGGCUGUGCUUGUGUCUCGGGGAAAUCAAGAGAUAUAUUUAAAGGUACAAGCCCACUGUAAAACUAUGUGCUGAGGGUACACCGUUAUUUGUAAGAUUUAAUAAUGUGCUGUAUUUCAGAAUCCACCCAUACCCCACCUCAUAAUUCUUGGUUCACUUAGAAAGUCUGGAGAGAUCAAAAACAGAAGCUGGAGUCUGUUGAAGAUUUUAAAAGGGACUUGUUGCUUGCUGUCUUGUUAAUCUCAAUGUAACACUGUGCUUUGGAUUGUUAUGGGGGCAGUUUUAGCCUGUGAAUUUUAUAGUACAAUUAAUGUAAGCCAUUGCAGAGUUGACUUUGCAUGCAAGUUUUCAGUCAUUAUCCCCUAAUGAGCCCUCACCUUCCAGGGGGUGAGCAUUGUUUAUUGGUUACCAAGUAACCAGCUAUAAAAAUAUGAACCACUUUUUAUUUGACUGCAUGCAGGUGUGUCUUGAAAGAACUUGACCUACGAAUUUUAUUAUGGUUUCACCACAUAUGCGUUAAAAUUCAACCUAAAAACUUGGACCUGUUGCGUUUCUGUGUAACCGCAUAUUUUGUCUUUUUAUAAUAAAUGUAAUAGUCUUUGACAAGUAAAGCUUGCAUAUGGUUAUUUAUCCUCUAUACAUAUGUCAAUGUCACAUUGUUAUAGAUAUUUAGAGCAGUGAUUAAUCAAUUGUGAAUAAACUUGGUAACGACAUUUCCUAUCGCACAUUUUUGGGAGUAACCGGUUCUGGGUCACAGUUACAUUUUAAUAUUUAUUUAGAUACCUGGUUUUCAGUUGUGAUGCAAUUUGGUAAGAGCAUUAUUGAGCAAACAUUUGAGAGUACUGUAAUCUAUGAAGGCUUCUGCACAUCUUUAUGUACUUCCAUUCAUACACGUAAAUGCAUACUGUGUAUGUAGGUCAUGGUGAUUUUAUUUUGUAUUGCUCUAAUUUUAUAUUUAAUCCUGAGGUUGGCAAUGGUUGUUGCUGACAUAAUGUUGCAUUAAUCCAAACUGUUUUGGUAACCUCAAAUUAACCACAUCAAUUUCCAUCUAUUGCAGAUUAGGGGAUUUUAUCAUUUUACUUUAAUCCUCCUUUUGGCCAACAUAGCUGGCAUUUGAUUGAGGUACUUGCUAAAGGCCAAACUAGAUUGCUGUCAGAGAACAAAUCUACAGGUUGUAUCUUGCUCGUUGGAUUUCUUUUCUCAUGGUAUAGCAACUGCCUUUUAUACUACAUUAUGUGGAUAUGAAUAAACAAUCACUUUCUGCAUAGAGUAUAAUGAAAGCAAUUUAUACUAUAGUUUUUUUUUUUGUUGUACCUUAAAGAUGCAAUAAUGCUACUUUCUUAGUUGCUAUAAAUGUAGACUAUGGUUCAAACUACAAAUAGAGUAUGGCUGUUGAGAAUUAACUCAAAUUAGUGUUGUAAUAGAUUUUCAAAACUUUGGUAAAGUACCAUUAAUACAGGUAUUUGGCUGAUGGGAUCACGAGGGGUGGGAGGGGUAGCCUAUUUAUUUAUGAGCACUAGCAAGUGUUGAUUUAAAUAUAUUCAUUGUCCUGUUACCCAAUACACAAAAAAAUGGUUUGUCUCGCAUCAUGAAAUUAGAGGCCCUGCUUUAUAGUUCUUUAUUUGUUAGUGGCUAAUUUCAUGUAUCCCUUCUUUUUA